GUUUUAGUUCGGAAAGUGCCUGUGGGCUGGCCUGCUUCACUCAUGGCGGGGCCUGUCCCGGUCACUGCCUUCGGGCAGGCGGUGAUCGGGCCCCCGGGCUCGGGGAAGACCACGUACUGCCUGGGCAUGAGUGAGUUCCUGCGGGCACUGGGUCGGCGCGUGGCGGUCGUGAACCUGGACCCCGCCAACGAAGGGCUGCCUUAUGAGUGUGCCGUGGACGUGGCCGAGCUGGUGGGGCUGAGCGACGUGAUGGACGCGCUGCGCCUGGGGCCCAACGGCGGCCUGCUCUACUGUAUGGAGUACCUGGAGGCCAACCUGGACUGGCUGCGCGCCAAGCUGGAGCCCCUCCGAGGCCACUACUUUCUCUUCGACUGCCCCGGCCAGGUGGAACUCUGCACCCACCACGCCGCCCUGCGCAACAUCUUCUCCCAGAUGGCUCAGUGGGACCUCAGGCUGACCGCUGUCCACCUUGUGGACUCUCACUACUGUACUGACCCAGCCAAGUUCAUCUCCGUCCUGUGCACCUCCCUGGCCACCAUGCUGCAUGUGGAGCUGCCCCACGUCAACGUCCUCUCCAAGAUGGACCUCAUUGAGCACUAUGGGAAGCUGGCCUUCAACCUGGACUACUACACAGAAGUCCUGGACCUCUCCUACCUGCUUGACCACCUGGCGUCUGACCCUUUCUUCUGUCACUACCGUCAGCUCAACGAGAAACUGGUACAGCUCAUCGAAGACUACAGCCUGGUCUCCUUCAUCCCCCUGAACAUCCAGGACAAGGACAGCAUCCAGCGGGUCUUACAGGCCGUGGACAAAGCCAAUGGCUACUGUUUUGGGGUUCAGGAACAGCGAAGCCUGGAAGCCAUGAUGUCCGCUGCGGUGGGAGCCGACUUUCAUUUCUCCUCCACUCUGGGCAUCCAGGAGAAGUACUUAGCAUCCUCGGAGCAGACUGCAGAGCCGGAGGCCAUGCAGCUGGAACACUCGGGGCCUGGGUAGCCGUGCACAGCUCGGUGGUGGGCGCACAGCCUGGCAGGGUACAGACCCAAA